AUGAAACUCGCAGUUGCUGUAUUGUCAUCGAUCCUGUUUGCCUGCUCGGUUACUAUUGCCAAUCCAGUUAAACCCAGUGAAACUACAAGCACCAAGUCUAGCACCUCGCCAACUCCUAAUCCAAAAGGUAUAGGCUUAGGUGGUCUUGAUCCACUUCCAGACAUCAUCAAGGAAUUGCUCGACAAACACCUAAAGCUAGGUCAUGAUCUUAAUCAGCAAGGAAAAAUAUGCGACCCAUUACAAUCUGAAUAUGAAAAUCAACAGAAACUGAUAAAGGAUUUGGAAAAAAGGAUUCGACUUUUGGAAUUUAUAUCUCAAACAAGCGGUGACAAUCAAAAAUAUUAUGGUGAAAUUCAGGAGACUAAGCUUAAUCUCGAAGCCCAAAGAUCCAAACUUUUCGAUUUUGGAAGCCGCUAUUAUGAGUGCCAGCUCAAGACAUGUUAUAUUGAACUUGAUCUGAGUCUCAUCAAAAUAGAGCUCGUGGACAUCAUUUUUGGAGGACCUUGGGAUUCUAAAUCAACUGACCGGAAACUUUUUCUCAUCGGCACGUAUCCUUCCGUUAUGAGGUACUUUGGCGAAUUAGGUAAUAAAGGACAAUCAUCAGGACGCAAUAAAUCUCUUGGUCAGAAUCAUGGUGAUCAACAACAGCAUCAAGAUUCACAACCAUCACCGAAUACACCAUCCGGAUCUGGAUCCCCUGGACAGAAAGUUCCCUCCAAUAGACAAAAAGGUUCAUGCAAGUUUAUGAAUGGAUUGAAAUCAUUCUUUCAGCGAUCCAAAAAUGACGAUUCAUCCAAUUGA